AUGGAGUGGUUUCACUGUUUUCUCUGUGGGUUUCUCGGGCUGAAGGUGUGGUUUCACUGUUUUCUCUGUGGGUUUCUCGGGCUGAAGGUGUGGUUUCACUGUUUUCUCUGUGGGUUUCUCGGGCUGAAGGUGUGGUUUUGGUGUUUUCUCUGUGUGUUUCUCGGGCUGAAGGUGUGGUUUUGGUGUUUUCUCUGGGUUUCUCGGGCUGAAGGUGUGGUUUCACUGUUUUCUCUGUGGGUUUCUCGGGCUGAAGGUGUGGUUUUGGUGUUUUCUCUGUGGGUUUCUCGGGCUGAAGGUGUGGUUUCACUGUUUUCUCUGUGGGUUUCUCGGGCUGAAGGUGUGGUUUUGGUGUUUUCUCUGUGGGUUUCUCGGGCUGAAGGUGUGGUUUCACUGUUUUCUCUGUGGGUUUCUAGGGCUGAAGGUGUGGUUUUGGUGUUUUCUCUGUGGGUUUCUAGGGCUGAAGGUGUGGUUUCACUGUUUUCUCUGUGGGUUUCUAGGGCUGAAGGUGUGGUUUCACUGUUUUCUCUGUGGGUUUCUCGGGCUGAAGGUGUGGUUUCACUGUUUUCUCUGUGGGUUUCUAGGGCUGAAGGUGUGGUUUUGGUGUUUUCUCUGUGGGUUUCUCGGGCUGAAGGUGUGGUUUCACUGUUUUCUCUGUGGGUUUCUAGGGCUGAAGGUGUGGUUUUGGUGUUUUCUCUGUGGGUUUCUCGGGCUGAAGGUGUGGUUUCACUGUUUUCUCUGUGGGUUUCUCGGGCUGAAGGUGUGGUUUUGGUGUUUUCUCUGUGGGUUUCUCGGGCUGAAGGUGUGGUUUCACUGUUUUCUCUGUGGGUUUCUCGGGCUGAAGGUGUGGUUUCACUGUUUUCUCUGUGGGUUUCUCGGGCUGAAGGUGUGGUUUUGGUGUUUUCUCUGUGGGUUUCUCGGGCUGAAGGUGUGGUUUUAGUGUUUUCUCUGUGGGUUUCUCGGGCUGAAGGUGUGGUUUUAGUUUUUUCCUCUGUGGGUUUCUCGGGCUGAAGGUGUGGUUUUAGUGUUUUCUCUGUGGGUUUCUCGGGCUGAAGGUGUGGUUUCACUGUUUUCUCUGUGGGUUUCUCGGGCUGAAGGUGUGGUUUCACUGUUUUCUCUGUGGGUUUCUCGGGCUGAAGGUGUGCAGUCUAUCAACGUUUCUCUUCAGAUUAAAGUUUGUCUCCUCCCAGAACAAACAGCGAUAAAGAGCUACAGCAGGAGCAACAGUCGACUUUUGACCUCAUCAGGCUUCACAUUAACCACAGAGUCUCUGGAGAUCAGCUGGAAUAACUGCAUGGGGCGGAGCCAGAGAAAAGGAGGGAUAUGAUUGGAGGACAGAAGGCAACAGGAAGUUAAAGUGAAGCUUCAGUCUAACAGACUGAGGUUCGGUUCAGCUGGAACAUCGUUCAGUCCUUCAGACAUUCUCCUGGUUACUUUGGGAAGUUUAAGUUCUUGUUGGACACAAAACAAAAUGCACAGUAUCACUCUUUGCUGCUUUCAUCCAUUUUCAUAACCUAUCAUAUUCUACUGGUUCCUGUUCCAUUUCAUCUUCCUCCCAUUUUGCACAUAUCGCGCCCUCUUUGCACAUGGUGUGGUUUUAACAUUGUUUUAUAUAUGCAUAUAUUCAUUUUAUUACUUAAUUUGAUAUUUUAUUACUUACUGCCUGUUGCACCCUCAAGUGGAAGUGUUUUCAUCAUGCCAUGUAUGAUGACAAUAAACCUAUUCUAUUCUAAAACACACAAAAUGACAAAAACAAGACACAAAGUAAAAAAAGGAGACAAGAUGAGGUCAUUUUCCUCCUCAUUGGUUGUUGUCAUGGUGCCUGUUGCUGCUAAACUCCCUCAAUGAUCUCUGUUUUAGCUUCCUCUGGUCUCUACAGGAUUAAACAGGAAGAGGUGGAACAACCAGGAACUACAGCUGAUCUACAUUUCUGACAUCAUGACCUUCUUCUUCUGCUGUUGCCUUCAUUGUUGUCUUCUGUCUCUUCUUUGUCUCCUUUUUUUUGACCUAGUCUUCUUCUGAAUCUUAGCCUCCUUCUUCUCAUUAUUUUCUCUGUUCUAGUGUUUGAUGGCUACUGCUCUUUGAUGGAUCAAACGGAUUGAUGUUUGAAGAUGUUUGCUGUCUCUGAUGUUCAGAUUAACCUCAGUCCUCCUCAGAUCUCUUGUUUUUAGACUUAUUCAUGUCAGGUUUGAGGACUAACUUCUGUCUUUGUUUACUUCUGGUGAUAUUUAUUAUAUUUAUUUAUGGUGACAUUUCUCGCUCAUAUCAGUUCCUGGGGAGUCUCUCUGGGUUUUUUUGCUCCCUGCUCGUGGCCUCGCAGGUUGUUCCUCACAGCAGCUGUAGGUCUGCACUAUUGUUGUCAUGGAGCUUAAAAUGGAGUCCUGCUGAAUAAAACAUGGAGCCUGGGAAAAGUAAUCACACACUGUACAUAGUGUGACUUUACCUCCACUCCCAUAAAUCAGCUGGAGGCUCCUUUGUGUUCAGUUUUCAUUUCAGCCUCGACCAGCUUUCUGCUGCUCAGGAAGGUUUUCGUGACGAGUUAACGAGACGCAGAGACGGACUCGGUGUCCUGGUGGCUGUAGAAAGCUACACGAGGCUGCAUGAACCUACAUGAGGCUUCGUGAAGCUACAUGAGGCUGUAUGAGGCUACGUGAAGCUACAUGAGGCUGUAUGAGGCUACGUGAAGCUACGUGAGGCUCCAUGAAGCUAUAUGAGGUUACAUGAGGCUGUAUGAAGGUUCACAAAGACCUGAACCCAUAUAGUCAGCAGUAUUUAGAGAUUGGACCAGUAAAAGUAUGUUAACAGAACCAUCAGGUAUGCCAUUUUAAAACGGCUGUAAUGUCUGAUCAGGACAUUAGCAGCUUCUCUGAGUUGAUCUUUGAUGUCUUUAAUUGUUUCUGAAAUGUUGGAUCUGAAUCAGUAGGAAGUUCCUCUAAGAACUUUGAGGUCAACCUGCCCUUCAGAUACUUGGCAGCUUCCAGCUUCCCUCCGGUCCUGACCAGCUGUCCACUGCCCACGUAUUCACCACAUGCAUGAUGCUGCCUCCACCGUGCUGGAGUCCAGUCCAUAAAUCUUUUAGAUUAAAGAAAAAUUGAUGUUUAGUUCAGCAUUUUACCACCUGCAGAUUCAACAUCUGAAAAAUUAUUACAUUUUAACUUUAGAAAUGUGGUUCUAACAGAGUACAAAAAUCUGAGCGGAAAAAUGUAAAAAUUAAUCAAAAUCAAUUUGUUUUAUAACUUCUGUUUAAAGAAUUUACCAAAAAGAAAUAAUUUCUUCUAACCAGAUUCUGUGAAACCUAAAAAAACAAAACUGAUUUUCCAUGACUGACUUGAAAUAGGACAAUGGAACACAAGACGAAAACAACACUGGGACAUAAACAACAGCAACAGUACAUAAACAACAGCAACAAGAUGUAAACAACACCAACAAGACACAAAUACCAACAAAAUAUACAACAACAGUGAUGAGACAUAAACAGCAACAAGACAAACGACGCUGCUGAACUUAACCUCUUUGACCUGAUUUGAAGAUUUUCUAUCACAAUGUUUUUUUAUUAGACUUUGCAGAUAAAUCCAGUUCUCUGAUCAUGUUUGUUCAGUUUAACACACAAAA